CUCUGUUCCUCGGAGCGCCGUCCGAGACGGGACUCGGGAGUACAGUACUGUACAUCCGGCGGGCAGGCCGCGCGCGCCGUGUUCGAAACCCCCAGGACAAGGACAUGGCAUGGCAUGUGGGCUCGGCACCUCCCCCGCUGCCAUGCUGCUGGCUUGCUGCAUGCGCGGGCAAGCCUACAGUAGUCAGUCGUCCACACUCCACAGAGACCCACGCCGCAUCGCGCGCGUGCGUCUGCUAAGUACGGCGCGGCGCGACGAGAGGCGCCGCGCCGGGAGAGGAAGAGUCUCGUCUCGUGGUAGGGGGCCAGCGCCCAAGGUCACGGAUGGCGACUGGGGAGAAGAUUGCCCGGGUUUCUUUCAUGGUACCACUACCAGAAAAGCGCUCGUCGUGGCUCAACUCAAGACGAAGCAAAGCGACGGGCCUGGGCGAAGGCAACGGAAAGGAAAGCCGCACACAAGGCAUCGGUGUCCGUGGCGCUGCCGAAAGCGGGGGAGCGUGGAGCGGCGGCGAUGUCCGAGACUGGCAUUGUUAUCCAACCGGUCUGAGGUUUCCGUUCCUCAGUAUAGGAUGGAUGCUGGAUGCGUAUCGGUGUUCCGUUGGGGAAUCCCGCACGAUUAUGGCAGGAACGCCCGUACCGGCCGCUGCCAAACUCGGCAGCUUUGGUUUCGGGUUCGGUUUUGGUCGCCGUUCGGUGUCCUUGGUAGCCGAAUGUCCGCACAGAUCGAUCUUCCUAUUCUUUCACGUUUCUGAGUCCAGAUCGUAGUCGGGCGUGGGAGAAUUAAUUGGUCCUACCCUACGCGUGCUGGACUGGAAUGCCCUUCCACAUGCUGUGUAUGUGUGUGUGUGUCCUACGGCGUCGGCUUUGAAUUUUAGGCUGGUCGCCGCCUGCCGUCCUGUCCUACGCGUGCUCUGGAUUGCCGCCCGCCCGCCCGCGUCUGGAACCGGAACUCCUAGUCCCAGGACACGGGGACGCCCAAGAGCGGCGUCGCCCAGCAGGAACUCGAUCCCGGUGGUGGUUCUGGUUCGGGCCGCGGUCAUCUUUAUCGGUAUAAGCGUGUGUGGCAGUACAAAAGAUAGAUAGAUUACAAAAAAAAGGCGCCCCGUGAUGGUAAAUCCUAAUUAAUCCGCACUGACGUAGCUUCAACGGCAAAGUCCGGCCGGCGGAGCCAUCAUGAUGAUUGAUAAUAGUGACCGAGCCGGUGGACGACGGCGACGACGAAGAUGAUUACGCUCCCAGCGCCGCCACAACGGCUUUGGCGGAUGGCGACCCGGCGUCGGCUCAUCGGCUGUGACUCCUCUCCACUCUCCCUCUCCGCGCCCGAGACCCAUCAUCAGUGCAGGGCCGUCCGACUGAUCCAUCCUUCCGCUCCAUCCAGCCAUGUGGCGAGAAAAGAAAAGGCCGCCUGUGCCUGCCGACGGAUGGAAAACUAAACCAUAGCAGGCAUGGAAAACUAAAAGCAUUCGUAUGCCAAAAACAAUUUACAUAGGAUUUUAGCUAAAUCGGUUAUCUAUCUAUCUAUCCGUAGCCGACCAAAAUUACUUGAAUUACACCAUCACGCUACUCAGGAGCAACUGAGGGCGGGGCUCGGGACCGGCAUGAUCGAGACGAAUAUGAUUGUAAUUAGAAAAAAUACAACUAGAGAUGUAUCUAUUUUAGAAUGAAUUUUAAAUUCUAAAAGUGCAAUUACCACAAAAAUAAAA